AGAUGGCCAAUCCCUUUUUUCAGUGCAGAUCAGAGGCCCAGGACCAUGACGAGUAUCUUUUUAUUCAUUGAAACCUUUUUUUGCACAUCCAGUCAGAUUUCCAUGUGUCCAUGAGUCAUAUCACUUUAAACAGUUGUUUAGAAUUGGUGUUUAAAGAGGUGGAAGUAUUAUUACUUAAGCAAUGUGUUUCGGUCUGUUGCCUUCGUCAGGCACAUGUUUUAGUUAUACUCUAUAAUCUAUAUAACGUAAUGUGACUGAAUGCAAUUAUUUUUUUGGAAGAAACAUUUUUCAAAGCAGGUAUGUUCAUUUGUCUUUGUUGGUAAAGUGCAGGAGUUGAUACUUUCUUUAUUGGAUUUCCACCGUCAGAACAACAUGAACUGUACACGAGACAUUCAAUAGUCACAGGAAUUUACCUUUUUUUAUUUAUUGCAGUAAUUUUCACUUAUUCAUGUGUUAAGUUCCAUGAAGUAUAACCAAGCUAAAUUUUCUUUGUGCAUAGUAAUAAUGCCAAUUAAAACUACUGCUAAAGAUCUGACCGGUGGGGCUCUUUUUGAUGUCUGAAACGUGUGGGUCAUUUCAUUUAAAGAAGUUAUUCACACUUCCGUACAAUAUUUUUUUUCUCAUGUAUACAUUUUUAUUUUUGUAUUAGUCUAAUGUCACUGUCCAAGUCAGUAUUAUCAUUGCAUCAGUAUCAUCAUAAUAGUAAAUAAAGAGUUUCUUUUGUCACAGGAUGUCGCACAUCGUCACUCCACAUCAAACAGGCAGGAAACCAUUGGCGUGUGACCUCUUUUUGUGUCUACACAGAGUAUGAGAAAAAAAAAAGUCAGUUUACGCUGUCACUUCUGCAAAGAUGACACGACUCUACUGGGCCAUGUUAUUGAUCGGGUUUUGUUCCAGUUCAGAGAGCACUAUAAUCAUCAUAGAGCCUGGUGAGAGCAUCACUUUGAAGUGUUCAUCAGAAGGAUGCCCCCCCAAAAAUGAUGGAUAUGCUGGGAUGUAUCUGUAUCAUAACUUUAUUGAACAGAAAGAGGUGUAUUUCUAUGGUAACUAUGCCAACAGCGAAAUCAUGGAGCGACCACGAUACGAAGGCAGGAUCGAGUCAAACGGCGCUCCCAUGAACCACAACAUCACCAUCAGCAACUUGACCGUGGAUGAUUCUGGUGUCUACACUUGUGUCUACAAAGAAUCCGCUGACAAAGGUGUCAACUGCAAUGUCUACACAGUUUUCGUGAGAGAAGUGGCACCAUGCCUGGGACAAGAUGACCUUCCCACCUCGGUGUUAGUUGUCAUUACCUGCACGUACCUUAGCGUGCUGUUAAUCAUAAUCUUUAUCCUACUGAUAGUCCACAGGGUGAAACAAAGGAAGAGCUGCAGAAGAUUAUCCAGGAGUUCGCAGCAAGAACCAGAUGAUUAUGUAUAUGAAGUUAUGACCAAGAACAGCCUCUACACUUUGGCAACUUCACCGCAGCAUUCUUAAAGUCCUUAUGAGUUUUCUUAGAAUUACAGUAUAAUUAUUGUGGUUAACAAUAGAAUUUAGGAAUCUGAUUGUGUCUUAUUGAUUUUGUUAAUAAUGGUUAAUGGUUUGCCUGGACUCAUGGACCAUAUCAAUCAUGCUCCAUAAAGUCUCAUUAAAAAUUAAAGUAUAAAAGUUAUUAAACUCUCAGAAAUGAAUGAAAGCCAUGCAGGAGGCACAGUGACUGUCCCACAGGAAGUAUGCAAACUGAUCACCAAAGCUAUUUAUUACUUUAUCUAUAGAAUUUAUAUUACUGUGGAGCACAACAUUUGCACAAUAAAGCUUACUGAUUUGUUCAAUUCCAACAUGAAUGCAACUGGUGAGUGUUUCUGGCUUCUUUACUGCAAUAUAGGGCAAACAUUUUUGAGGUUUGUGGGGGAGGGAUGGAUGAGAUGUGAGCAGAAACCAACUAAGAAGACGGGCAGGAGCAGAUGGGUAAAUGGUUU